UGCAGUUAUAAUAUGUAUAAUAAAUGCUUUCUUACAUUUUACCAAAGGUUUUGCUGAAAGAGAUAAAAGAUUAUCUACAAAGAGUACCCCAAAACCUUGACAAGAAAACUUCUAAAGGACUUGGCCGAGACAAAGAGUUGUUGGAGCUCUUGACAUCAGAUAGAUCUGACGAACGUAUUCUUACAGACGGCAUAAAACAGUUAAAAAGGCAUAUAGUAUCUUUAAAGAGCAAGAAAAACUUGCCGCUGGCAGCUGAGGCUGCUGUUGCAAGACUACUGAACAAAUUUGAUCGCCUUACCAUAAGAGAAUUUGUUGAAGUUCUGGAGGAUAAGAAACAAAAGUCAAAAUCAUCACAGGAUGCUGACCAAACGAAGAUGAAAGAAUUAUAUGUGGAAAAGAUAGAAUCAAUACAAGUCGGAGAAUCAAGUAGAGAUACACCUCCUCUCAACAGAACCUUCUGUGUAGAUAUUCUUGUUCAGUGGUUACAACUGUCAGAAGAGAACAACGCAGAGAAACUACUUGGAAGAAUAAAAGUAUACGAAUCCAAAUUAUCAACAGAAAUGGUUUUGGAGUACCAAGAAGAAAUUAAACGUAAACACAUAUCCAGUGACUUAGACGAAAUGCAGUUACUAAAAGAAGUUAAAGGCCAAAAUAAAGAUUUUGAAAUACCAUACAGUAGCCUACCGAGUACACAGAGCCUUCAAGGUCUGCCUGACGCUCUCUCGCAGUUCAUGCAUCAGUUAGAAGGUUUAAAGAUUGUCAUUGACAUCAACAGGAAAGUAGACCAAAUAUCUGACGCUUUGAAAACUAUGGGUGCUACUAGUAAUAAUUCGCACGCAAAUAAGCAAGAAAGUAAUAAUUUGCAAGGAAAUAAACAAGAAAGCGGACCUAUAAGUAACUUCAAUGGCAAUUUUCUGACGUAUGACAAGUCUAAUUAUAGAGGUUGUGAUUUCAGUGGCGAUAUAUUACUAUUUUGUUGUGAUCUUUACUUGUUUUAUUCAUCAGUUUUUGUUAAUGUAUGGUAUCGGUGGUGGUAAAUGUACAAGUGUAAAUGACUUAAGUUACUAUUUCAGGACUUGCAAGUACUUAACGUAUACUAGUUUGAUGUGAUCUUUACUUGUAUUUGCUGAUGUGUGUUAUUGGAGAUGUCAAAUGUACAUGGACUUAAGUUACAAUUAUAAGUCUUGCAAGUAAAGUAAUAUGCCGAACGUUUUAUUACCCUCUCACAGGAAUGUCCUACCCACGAAUGGGCAAUAAUCAAUCAUGGUUUGAAUUUGUGGGUAAAGGAAUACAAUUAUGGUACACCCAUGUUACCUAAAUUGAUACCCUUUUGCAUAACUCCAAUCUCGGGUUAAUCUACGAUAAGCCGAAUUUUGAUACUUAUUAUUUCUUAAUUAACAAUCAGUUAGCAAAGAAAUUGAUUUGCAAACAAUGGAAUGUUAAACGUAGCGAAAAAAGUAAUUGACCUUAUAAACAAUGAACAAAGAAAAUGCUUUGAGAAAGCAUAUAAAGAUGCUUUGAGAAACCAUAAAAAUGUUGAUACUUAUUAUUUCUUAAUUAACAAUCAGUUAGCAAAGAAAUUGUUUUGCAAACAAUGGAAUGUUAAACGUAGCGAAAAAAAAGUAAUUGACCUUAUAUACAAUGAACAAAGAAAAUGCUUUGAGAAAGCAUAAAGAUGCUUUGAGAAACCAUAAAAAAUUUUGAUACUUAAUAUUUCUUAAUUAACAAUCAGUUAGCAAAGAAAUUGUUUUGCAAACAAUAGAAUGUUAAACGUAGCGAAAAAAAAAGUAACAGACCUUUUAAACAAAGAACAAAGAAAAUGCUUUGAGAAAACAUAAAGAUAUUUUUUCUAAAUCGGUAUUAUGUUACUUAUUCCUCACCCUUGUUAUCCGGAUAAUACGAAAUGAUGUGAUAAUUCCAAAAUGCCACAAACUGGAGUAAAUGUCAAACUUGGUAUGGACAUUGUUUUGGUCAAUAUUUUUUAUUACUCAUUCUGAUUGUUUAAAAGUAUCAUAACUGAUUCAACAUGGUUUAGAAGCUGUACCAUUUGCACUAAACAAUUUGAA